AACACCACCACCACCACCACCCGCUACCCAUCAACACCCAAACACAACAACUCUACCCAAACUCGCCCUCACCUCGCCGCCAUCCAUCAGCUGCAGUCACCUACACUCCUACCCAAUCUCUCUUUUACCAGGAUCGCCCUCGCGCGCGCGUCAGAUUGAGCGCCGGCGACGAUUGAACCCGGUAUAAGCGAGAAGUAUGAAAGGGUUGAAGAAAGCCGUGCUUUCACGGACAAAGGCUGGCUCGGACGGUAAAGCCAAGCCGUCAGGAUCAAAGCAACAGUCUCAGUCGCCCUCGCCUGGCCCCUCGUCACCAGCUUCAGUCUCUCCCGCUAGCAGUGGACCUCACAUCCCUUCGACCGACCCAUCCGUCGGCGUCAUCUCAGCCUCUUCCCAGCUGGCUGCCGCCCAAGGAACGCCCCUCGCUCCCCGACGCUCCCCCGUCUCGGACAAGACAUCCCCUGCCCCACCCCUCGUCAUCAUCUCUGGCGCGCCCCAACCACAAGCCGUCAACAACCCCGAGAUGCCCGCCGACCCCAUCCCCCACUCGCCGCACUCGCGCGCCUUUGGCUCGCCCGACCGCCCGCUUGGGCCUGAUGGACAGCCAACCCCGCCCAAGGCGAGCAACCCGCUCAAUCGCUUGCGUGGAGCGCCAAAGGACACGAUUCCGAUUGUUGGCAAGACGCCCCGCAAGCAGCGCAGUUCGCGCUUCUACGUCACGGAGCGUGUCGACAUUGAGAAACUGCCCAACUUCAACGAGGUUCGGCCCGAGGAGCGCAACGACCUGUUCAUCCAAAAGCUCCAGCAAUGUCGGGUCGUCUUUGACUUUAACGAUGCGAGCUCAGAGCUGCGUGGCAAGCAGGUCAAGGCGCAGACCCUGCAUGAAAUGCUCGAGUACAUCACCCAGCAGCGUGGCGUCAUCACAGAGCCCAUCUACCCUGAGGUCGUUGGAAUGUUCGCGUCCAACCUGUUCCGCUCCAUCCCGCCCCAGGUCAACCCAACAGGCGAUGCCUUCGACCCCGAGGAGGAUGAGCCCGUCUUGGAGCUGGCAUGGCCCCACCUCCAGAUUGUCUACGAGUUCUUCCUCCGCUUUGUCGAGAGCCCCGACUUCAACACCAAUGUCGGCAAGCGUUACAUUGACCAGACGUUUGUCUUGUCGCUUCUCGAGCUGUUCGACUCGGAGGACCCCCGUGAGCGCGACUUCCUCAAGACGACUUUGCACCGCAUCUACGGCAAGUUCUUGAACCUGCGUGCCUUCAUCCGUCGCUCGAUCAACCAUGUCUUCUUCCAGUUUGUCUACGAGACGGAACGACACAACGGAAUCGCCGAGCUGCUCGAGAUUCUUGGCUCGAUCAUCAACGGCUUUGCCUUACCCCUCAAGGAGGAGCACAAGAUCUUCCUCACCCGGGUUCUUCUGCCACUGCACAAGGCCAAGUCGCUGGCCCUCUACCACCCUCAACUGGCCUACUGUGUGGUCCAGUUCUUGGAAAAGGACCCAGCUCUCACCGAGGAGGUCAUCCUCGGCCUGCUCCGCUACUGGCCAAAGGUCAACUCGCCCAAGGAGGUCAUGUACCUCAACGAGGUCGAGGAGAUCUUGGACGUCAUCGAGGGCGCCGAGUUUGCAAAGAUCCAAAACCCCCUCUUCUCGCAACUCGCUCGCUGUAUCAACUCGCAACACUUCCAGGUCGCCGAGCGAGCCCUCUACUACUGGAACAAUGAGUACAUUGUCAACUUGAUGGGCGAGCACAUUGCCGUCAUCCUGCCGAUUGUGUUCCCCGCGCUCUACCAAAACUCCAAGCACCAUUGGAACCGAACGAUCCAUGGCAUGGUCUACAAUUCCCUCAAGCUUCUCAUGGAGAUCAACCCCGAGCUGUUUGACGAGGUUUCGCACAACUACAAGAGGCAACGCAGAGAAGACUACGACCGAUCAGUCGCCCGCUACGAGGAGUGGAUGGUCCUGAGAGAUCAGGCCCUUGCAAACUACAAGGCGAGCGGCUCGUCUCAGCCGUUACCCGAGUUGCUGCGCAACUCGCCCCCGCCCCGCCCCGAGCCAUUCGAGGACGACGGCGACGGAUCAGUAGACCUCACUCAAAACGGCUUUGACCCCAGCGAGAGCUUUACUCUCGACAGGUCAAUUGCGGACGAUGUCGUCCCCGUUGCCGAUCCCGGCCUUGAGCAGCGUAGCCCCACGAGCCCUGUCACGCCUCUUCACAGCGGUGCGAUCAACCCCGCUCCUGCGAGUCCCAGCCCGACUGGACCAACGAUGAGGCGAAAGUCGGUUCUGCCGAUUGACCCGGCCGUGAUGCGUGACCUCGAGGCCCACCGGAGCCUUGAAGGCACCCCUAAUGCUCCUCCAGAGCAGGCCUAGAACUUACUUUUCCUUUUCUCUUCCUUUCCGGCAUCAUUUUCAUUACAGUGUACCAUAUCCCAACCUCUCAGAGCCGGUUGAGAAUGGAGCAAGUCUACGAGAGACCCCAGAGUUACCACCAUGGAUACCCCCCCGACGCGCGUUUCAACUUUCAACUUUGCAACCAUCCCGCCGCCGCCGCCGUGCGAGCGCGCGGCCACGAACGAGCAUCUUCCAGGACUAGUAGUAGUACACGGGAGCGUGGCGCCAUGGCAUUUGGGGCUGGGCGCCUAGGCGUACGGCUGAUAUAUACACUAUGCAUGCCACGUAUCCGAUGAGUA